AUGAGCCAACCGAUUGGACUGACAACGAUCCCCAGGCUACUGCCUGUCACGGGCACGUUCGCGCUCCCUUUUACGAUCUACUACGCCUUCCUUAGCCUUCGCGUCGUCAACGAGCGUCUAAAAUCCAAGCAAUACUUGGGCGAAAACUCCUCCAAGCCUGGAGCGGAUCCCGAAGCAUACAAAGCUAAUGGACUUUACCUUGCCGGCCGUUCGCACAUCAAUUACAUCGAGAACGUGCCGCUUGCUUUUAUCCUUGCUUCGUUGAUUGAGGUCAACGGAGGCAACCGUAAAACACUAAGCUGGCUACUCGGGAGCUUCUUCGCCUUCCGCGUGCUGCACGCUGAGCUUGGAAUUAUGAAGCCCCAAGGCAUGGGCAAGGGCAGGCCCAUCGGCUAUUUCGGUAGCAUCGGCGUUCUUGGUGCUUUGGCCGGCUACGGGGCUUUCUUGGUAAAGGGAUACUGGGGAUACUGA